AUGGGUCAACACGCAUCCAAGCCGCAACCUGGUGAAAAGAUCCAAGUCAUCGGUGCCGGUCUCUCGCGCACAGCAACGGCCUCAUUUAGCGCCGCGCUAGGAAUUCUGCUCGACGGUCCCGUUUAUCACGGCGGCACGCAGACCACCAUGGGUCCGCCCGUCGAGAUUGAAUCCUGGAUGAGCAUUCUCCGGACCUGGGCCGCGGGGGACCAGGACCAGAAACAACAGGUCCUACCGCGCAUCGCCGAACGUCUUGACGGGUACGUUGCAGUCACCGACGCCCCCGGGUCGCAGUUCGUCCCGGAGCUCCUGCAGCUCUACCCGGACGCCAAGGUCGUCUGCACGGUGCGAGACCCCGCCGCCUGGGUCAAGAGCCAUAGUCAGGUGGCCAGUUUGUCGACGCUUUGGUUCCUGCGCGCCGUCCUGCUCCCCUUGCCUGGCAUGCGCCACUUCGUGGACUACAUUAACGCGCUGCAGACGCAGUGGUAUAAAGUGUACGGAAAGGAUCGAUCUAGUGACUAUAUCUACCAUCGACAUAUCGAGUGGUUAAAGGAGGUGGUUCCGGCCGAUCGGCUGCUGUUUUUCGACGUCAAGGAGGGCUGGGGACCACUUUGUAAGGCGCUGGGGAAGGAAGUGCCCGAUGUUCCUUUUCCGCGCAUUAACGACUCCGAGGCCAUUGAUCGGACGGCGCAAUAUCAUAUGAAGCGGGGAAUGGUUCGUUGGGCAGGAGUUAUUGCCCUGUUGGCAAUCGCGGCCGUUUGGUUUAAGCGGUAA